AUGGAGUCCAGGAUUACCCAAACACAGCCGGAGGAGGAUGCGCAAAUCGAAUGUUGGGAUGACGAUGACGAUCUGCAAUUCGUCGAAGGUAUUCAAUCUCGCGCCGCAUCCAGCACAGGUUCGAUCGCGAAUUCCUCCUUUCGACCAUCAGGACAUCGCGAUUCGAUCUCUUCGCGCCGGUCCGCGCGGUCUGACCUGGACUCGAAUGUCGGAGAUGAAGACUGGCAAGUCCAUUUGCAUGACACAGAUGAAUUUGCCAAGGAAGAGGCUCUCGCUUCAGCCAAAAUUGCGGGCAUACCGAUACCCGCCAAUAUUCCCAGCUCUGCUCUUCUUGGAGGUGCUAUAAAACGCCUGUCAACUCGAAAACCCAAGAGAAGCUUUGUGGAUGACUGGUCUGAAGACGUGGAGCUCCCUGGCCCAGAUACCAUACUACAACUCCGAACAUCUCAAGGGGAUGCGUUUCCCGAUUCAAUCCGACAUAUAAGUUCCGCAGUCGCAAGUCCGGUGAAGUCUACAGCUUCAUCUCCUUGGAAUGAGAACAUUACAACUCGUCUACAAUCAGCGCUGGGAAGUCUAGAUCGAUUUCAUGACGAAGAUGACGAUGGUGCUUUCAACUGGGAUGUUCCCACAAUAAAAGCACCCACCCCAAGAUCCCCGCAGAAAAUCGCCGCCACAAAGCUGCCUAGAAGAAAGCUCGACGUGGAACAGGAAGUAGACGAAUUUGAUCAAGACCUCGAAUUGCCCCCAGACUACCAACCCCUACAGCUAUCACAUCGAAAAAAUGCUACUGGAAUCUCCAGCCCUGUUUCAGAGGACUUCGAUCUUGAAUGGUCCGAAGGAAGCAUAGGUGUCCGAGUUGGUGGAACAGCCCGAGAUGGCCGCUCAGGUCCCAGCUCCUCAAUAUCCAUCGCUAGCCCCAGCGUGUCAAGUUGCCUUACUGGAGAAAGUGAAGAGGAUGGUCUGGAUGGCCUGGUAUUCCCAGAUGGACCAUUGGAUUUCACCGCCUCCCUCAAAAGACGAGAAGAAGAAACCAAUGAGGAUAAUUCCGCCGCAGCUGAAGCCAAACAAGAUCACCAAGCUUUCAAGUCGUCAGACUCAGACGAAUUUUUCUCUGGCAUUGAAGUUGAUAACGGGAGAGCCUUUGCAUCAAAGAAAUUAACCCUUAACCCUAAUGUCAAACGCAAGACAGAGUGGCCAGCAAGUCCAACACGGCGGUCUUCAACGACUUUGACCUUCACCACUGCCGGUGCCGGUGUAGUCAAUGCUAAUGGCUCCCCUCGUCAAAAUACUCGAAUUCCAAAAAUAUCUGCCCAUGAUCGGACCCAUUCGACUCAUCUCGAGACCGUUUCGGAAAGCGGUGCACCGAUUUCUAAGUUUCAAAGACCCCAAUCCCGUCUAGGGCAUUCAUCCCAGUCUUCGAUCUCUAGCAUUCAGUCUGCCAGUGUGGUUUCAACCUCUCCAAAUCCAAACCCCACAUGCCGAAGAUUUCCUUCUGCAUCACGAGCUGCCCAGGCCGCUACUCCCGUUAGCGAUGCUUGUGCUCCUGCUAGACAACUCCGAGCAAAAAGGUCGCUGCCUUCCAUUCGUGGUGUUACAUCCGCUGCUCCAGCUCAAAAUUCGCAGCGAUUGCCAUCUCAGCCAGAUGGAUUUCAUCGUCCAUCGGUCAACCGGCCAAAGACACCGGUGGAGCGCACAAUCGUGGGUGGAAGAACAUCCAGCCGUAGAACACCAGUCCCGUUCUUGCCAGCGGGUCUAUCGGAGAGGCAACCACAUCACCCUACCAUUAAACCGUACCGGCCUGCUCGUCGUCACAAUUCCGAUAGUUCCGGGGACCUACUCAGUCCCCAAGGCACUUACUCUCGAUCAUCGCGAUCAAAUCGUUCGGAAACCUUUCGCCUUAGCCUUGAUGACAGCAAACUGGAAAGCGUUAGCCCAACGGCUAAACGCACUCUAAGUCGGCCAACUAGACGGCGCAAUUUUGGAGACGGGACCGAAUUAGAAUCCUUUGAUGAUUUACCUACGUCCGCUUCAACGGAAAGCAGGUUCACAAAGAAUCCUGCCGGUCGAGGGGCCCCACGAUCGGUGCGCGCGAGGCUCAGCCAGAGUCGUAUCAUUCCACCUGGAGAAUCACCGACACAAUCUUUCACACCACCCUCAACGUCCAAGGUGGUGGCAUCUACACCACGCUUUGCCCGAGAUACAAAUGCCUCCCGCAAUGCGCGAGAGCAGCGUAUUGCAUCCAUGAACUCCCGAAACCGUGACACGGCCCCACUUGGCUCCUUUAACUCGAAUUGGAAGCCUCACCCUAUAUCUCGAAUAUCACCAACUGCUGCACCUAUUCGCAGUCGUAAAAGUGGAUCCUCCAUCAAAUCCCAAUCCAAGCCUCAUUUGAUCAAGCCCAUGGGAUCCGGGGUGCAAGAAUCCAAAUCCGUGAGAGGCAUGCACUACAACCCGGACUCCUUUUGCUGGGAGGGCAACGAGAACCUUGUGCAAGAGUUUGAUAUAGCAACUGCACCCAAAUCGCCGAAACCGGCCCCGGCUCUUAUCAGCAAUGUGGGUGCUGUGAACAAUGCCCAGACAGUUGGUAGUAUGGUCUUUGAUCCACAGCGCAUGUGUUGGCUCCGAGCCACCCCUCUUGCAUCCGGGCUGCAAGGAGGAAUUGCCCCCGAGGACGAGGACGAUGUUUUUGCGGGUCUAGAUGACUUGGACGAUAGGACUACCGGCAUCAAACGAGACACCGAGGCAGUGGUGAGGUCCACCCCGAAUACUGCCAGGGAUGACCCUAGUGCAGGCGAGUCCUCCGAUGAAGGGCCCAUCACUGAAGAAUUCGACGUUGGUCCCGAAUUCAUCCGCAGACAGAGAGCCGAGGAAGAGAAAUGGAGACGGAAAGUAGACAAAUGGAUCAGCUUUGAUCGUGGAGAUGGCGAUGAUCACUGGCGAUGGGCGAUCCGCGAUUUAGUGACCGAUGGUAUGGAGCAUCCCACAUCUUAA